UGAUUUGGUUGCCCAUGUUGGUGACUUUGGACUAGCAAGCCUUCUAUACGAAGAAUCAAGCGACUCUUCCAUUUCACAGGAACACUCAACCAUGUCAGGUGGCCUAAAGGGUUCUAUUGGGUAUAUUCCACCAGAGUAUGGUAUGGGCGGACAACCUUCAACACUAGGAGAUAUCUACAGCUAUGGGAUACUAUUACUGGAGAUUUUCACAGGAAAAAGACCCACAAAUGAUGAAUUUGAAGGCGGGAUGGAAAUUCACCAGUAUGUGGCAAUGGCUUUACCCAAUGAAGCCUUGGAGAUAGCUGAUCCUUCCUUGCUACCUGAAGAAGAAGAUAAGAUGAAGAGAUAUACUUGGAGGAGAGAGCAAUAAGGAAGGAAAAUCGAAGGAGGAGAGUAACAGAGGAUUGCCUGAGUUCAUUGAUGCAAGUGGGAGUAUCUUGCUCUGCAAGUCUGCCAUCAGAGAGGCCGCAGACUAUGACUGUGGUUGUUAACAAACUCCAAGCAAUCAAGAAAGUGUACAUCG